ACUGCUGCCUGUGCUGGGCUGUGCAGUGUGGCUCGGAUUGGACAGCUAACUGUGUCCGCGUCUCGCCACUGAGCAAAUACCUCACAUUCAGGGGAACACAGCGGUUAGCCCUGUUCCUCACCCCUAACACUGUCCGCCGAGGGUGUUGACCAGCCCGUCAGAGCAUGUUCUCGUACGGAGGGAUCUCAGCACACAUCAGUGCUAACAGGCUAAAGGCAGAAGGAGUUGGUUCCUAUGAGCAAGCUGUCCACUUCCAAAACCAGGUCUUUGAGGAUCUCAAGCAGGAGUGUCUGGAGGGGGGCUUCCUGUUUGAAGACCCUUGCUUCCCCGCUGAGCCACCCUCACUGGGAUUCAAGGAGCUUGGACCCUACUCCUCCAAAACACGUGGAGUCGAGUGGAUGAGACCUACGGAGCUAUGUGAUGAUCCUCAGUUCAUCCUGGGAGGAGCUACAAGGACAGAUAUCUGUCAGGGAGCUCUUGGUGAUUGCUGGCUUCUGGCUGCCAUUGCUUCUCUCACCCUGAAUGAAAAAAUCCUACACAGGGUUGUCCCUCAUGGACAGAGCUUCCAGGAUGACUACGCUGGGAUUUUCCAUUUUCAGUUCUGGCAGUUCGGGGAGUGGGUGGACAUUGUGAUUGAUGAUCGGCUGCCGGUCAAAGAUGGAGAGCUCAUGUUUGUGCACUCUGCAGAGGGAAACGAGUUCUGGAGUGCUUUGAUAGAAAAGGCCUAUGCCAAACUGAAUGGCUCCUAUGAGGCUCUGUCAGGUGGCUCCACCACUGAGGGGUUUGAGGAUUUCACUGGAGGUGUGUCAGAGAUGUACGAGCUCAACGAGGCUCCCAAAGAUCUCUGCCGCAUCAUCUCUAAAGCCCUGGAGAGAGGCUCCCUGCUGGGGUGCUCCAUUGAUAUCACCAGUCGAUUUGACAUGGAAGCUGUAACUUUUAAGAAGCUGGUAAAGGGCCAUGCCUACUCAGUGACCGGCCUUAGCCAGGUGAAUUUCAGGGGUCAUACGGAGAGACUGAUUCGUAUACGUAAUCCUUGGGGUCAGGUGGAAUGGACAGGUGCCUGGAGUGACAACUCACCUGAAUGGGAUGAAAUAGAUCCAUCAGAGCGAGAAGAUAUGUGUCUGCAGAUGGAGGAUGGAGAGUUCUGGAUGUCCUUUAGUGAGUUUUUGCGGCAGUUCUCCAGGUUGGAGAUUUGUAACUUGACUCCGGAUGCCCUGAGCGAGGAUGCGAUGAGCUGCUGGAAUAACAUCACGUUCCACGGAUCAUGGAGGAGGGGCAGCACAGCCGGAGGCUGCAGGAACCACCCCAACACGUUCUGGAUCAACCCGCAGUAUAAGAUCACUCUGUUGGAGGAGGAUGAUGAUCCAGAGGAUGACGAGGUUGCCUGCAGCUUUCUUGUGGCUCUGAUGCAGAAGGACAGAAGACGCCAUCGCCGACAUGGACAGGACAUGCACACCAUUGGCUUUGCCGUCUAUGAGAUUCCUGAGGAGUUCAGGGGUUGUCAGAACGUCCACUUGAAGAAGAACUUCUUCCUGACCCACUCGUCCUGCGCUCGCUCGGAAACCUUCAUCAACCUGAGGGAGGUGAGCACUCGACUGCGCCUGCCUCCUGGAGAGUACCUCAUUGUCCCGUCCACCUUCGAACCCAGCAAGGAGGCCGACUUCGUCCUGCGGGUCUUCACUGAGAAGCAGUCUGAGACAGAGGAGCUGGAUGAUGUGAUAUCUGCAGACUUGGAGGAAGAGGAGGAAAUCUCAGAGGAUGACAUAGAUGACUCCUUCAAGUCUAUGUUUGCUCAGCUCGCUGGAGAAGAUAUGGAGAUAUCUGUCCAUGAACUCAGGACCAUUCUGAACAGAGUCGUGUUGAGACACAAAGACCUGAAGACAGACGGCUUCAGCAUGGAGUCGUGCAGGACUAUGGUCAACCUCAUGGAUAAAGAUGGCAGUGCACGCCUGGGCUUGGUGGAGUUUCAGAUCCUGUGGAACAAGAUCAGAAAAUGGCUGGUCAUCUACAGGCAAUUUGACCUUGAUAAGUCAGGGACCAUGAGCUCUUAUGAGAUGCGUCUUGCGGUAGAAUCAGCAGGCUUCAAGCUCAACAACAGACUGAACCAGAUCCUUGUUGCCAGAUAUGCUGAGAAUGAAGCCAUUGAUUUUGAUAACUUCAUCUGUUGCCUGGUUAAACUGGAGGCCAUGUUCAGAUCGUUCCAGCAGCUGGACAAGGAAGGGACAGGAGACGUGGAGAUGAACAUAACUGAAUGGUUGUACAUUACCAUGUGUGGUUGAAGAGGACCACCAGUGAAGAUAAUGCAGCAUAAAAAUGCCAGAGUUCUGCAAAAGUGCCUCACUGCUGAAGCCAUAAGCCUUGGAGCUGUGCUGUUUUUUUUACCCGUACAAUCAUUGUAACCCCUAUAUAUAUAUAUACAAAAACUGAACGCUGCUGUCAUUUUCAAAUAUGCCGAGUUGCCAGUUAAUAGGUGCACCUACAUAGUACCCACACUCAUUGGCCAUUUUAUCAGAAACACCUACCACUUUAUAGGUGCACAGUUUCUGACUGUACUCCAUCUGUUGCUGCUUGAUUUGUCAGUCCUCCUCUACCACAUCGGUCAGUGCAAACAGAUGACCAUAGGACCACCAGAUACUGUUUGAGUGGUGAACUAUUCUCAGCACCGCAAUGACACUGACAUGGUAGUGGCAUGUUCACAUGUGGAGCUGGGUUUUUUAUACAUCAUUGCCAGUGUUGGGCUGAGAAUGGUCCACCAAUCAAAAAUGGCCAGCUAACCAUGGCCCUGUGGUCAGAGGCUGACCACUGAUGAAGAGCCAGAGGAUGACAAACACAAAUUGUGCAUGAAAAAGAUAAGCUAUAUUCUCUAACAGCAAGCUAUAUCAACACGUGUGUCUAAUAAAGUGGCCAGUACGUGUACAUAGUGUUGAAAAACCUAGCAACACCUGUACCAGAUCAACACACAUUGAUAUGCCACUAGCAUGCCAGUGUCACUACUGUAAAUUGUGCAGCAGCAGAUGGACUACAGUUAGUUUUGUACACCUACAAAGUGCUCCUGUAUGAUUGGUUUGCCUGAUAAAAUGGACAAUGAUAUGUGUACAUAACCUGGCAACUCAGUAUACAGUGCUUUGGAAGGCACCUGGUCAUGUUUUGCAUGAGAGGUGGGAAGUUCCAGUCAUUGAAGUCAACUUCACUGUACCAGACAUGCAAACCAUUGAGCUGUGGAAAAAGGUUCAGAAACCAACUUGUCUGUAAGUGGGCCGGUAGGCUUGGUCGUCCAGGGGAACGUUUUAGUGAUUUUAACAUGAAAACAAACUUCUGGUGCACUCUGAGAAUAAAAUACAGGGAAACAAGUCAUCACUG